AACUGACCCCCUGUGGCCGGGCUGCUUGGCAAGGCAGCAGCUCUCCGUGGUUGUCAGCAGCGCAGCCCCGCCCACUGGCCUGUCCGUCCAUCCUCCCAGGGUAGGAAUGAUGAGAGGCCUCGGGAGCAUCUUCUGCCCAGGGUCACCAGACCAGGACUCGCGCUGCCGGCAGUAGCCAGGGCUGUGAAGAAGCCUCCGAAUGGCAUUGCCAUCAGCCGCUCUCCUUCCUGUUACUCAUUUGUUUGACUUUUAACACAGUUACUUUAUUUUUAGAGUAAUAAUUUAGAGUGAAUUGGCCUUCUACCUUAAAAAUACUACCUUUUCCAUGUAAUUAUUGUGUAGAGGUAGUUCCAUAAAGCCUGCCUAAUGUGGCCUUCACCUGAACAUGCUCCCAAGUGGAAUGGGAUCUAACUAGCCUUUUUUUCUUUCUUUUUUACUGUUUCUCCCAAGCCUGUGUUGAGAAAAAUGAACUCCUGGAAAGACUAGCUGCCACAUGGCAUCUGCUUGCUCUCGCUUGAAUUGGAGUGAUAAGGGGAGAACACAUGGGGGCCUCCCCUCAACACUGCCCCCUCUCUCUCUCUCCCCACCCAGGUCACGCAAUAUUUAAACUCACGUAUCUAAGCAAUCACGACUAUAAACACCUCUACUUUGAAUCCGACGCUGCUACCAUCAAUGAGAUCGUGCUCAAGCCCUCCCUAGGCACCUUCUGUGUGCCGGGCUGGUGCCUGGGAUCCUGCAGUGACAGACCCAAUCUCUGCCCUCAGCUUUUCCUCUGUCAGAGGAGGCAGACAUCAAACACUGAAAUUACGAAGAGUGUUAAGACAGUCACAAAGGUGCUGUGUAGGUCAACUACAUCCUGGAGGCGCGAGCAAGCACUGCCCGGGCUGACUAUUUUGCUCAAAAACAAAGAAAACUGAACAGGCGUACAAGCUUCAGCUUCCAGAAGGAGAAGAAAUCAGGGCAGCAAUGACACUGGCCUCCAGCCUCAACCUGUUGCCGUAACUCAGAGCCUGCCUGCCAGGCCAGGGGGCCCUGGAGCCCUCCCGGGUCUUGCAGUCCUCAGGGGGAGGCAGUCCCUGGCUCACGGGCACUGGGCUGGUGUGCUCUCAGGGGGAGGGGCCCCCUCAGAACAGAGUGGGGGACAUUUCCAUGGGACUGAAGCCUGAGAGGCAGUGGCUUUGAUUAGCAGUGCACAGGGGCCAGGGGACACCAAGGAGCCACGUGCUACCCAGCCAUCAUCACUGCCUGACGGCCCUCCUGAGGAUGUACAUAGCCACGCCCAGACAUUUCCUUGCAACUUGAUCAAAUUUCUUAAACAAAGAACAAAAAUGUACAUUUCUUUUUAUCCUUUGAAUAAAACAGGUGUACUCUUUA